AUGGUCGCGCAACCCAUUGGCACCAAGAAGACGCCCGUCACGUCCACGGCGAAGAAGACACCAGUCACAGCACCAGUGAAGAAGGCGCCCGCCAAAGCACCAACUGUUCAGCCUCCCAAGAAGCCUGUCAACACUGCCAUGCAGAAGAAGCCUAUGGCAACAACCCCUAAAAAGCCUGUCACAAAUGUCGCACCCAAAAAGCCUGUAACAGCGCUCGGUCAAAAGAAACCCGUGCCAGCACCCGCAAAGAAGCCAAUUCAACAGCCACAACAACAGGGCUGGAUCAACAAAGGCCUUAGUGCGGCAUCAUCUGGUAUUGGAAGUGCCGUCGGCGCUGCAACGACUGGUAUUGGCAAUGCCGCUGGUGCAGUCGUAACUGCGACGGGCAGUGGAAUUGCUGGGGCAGGAAGGGGCGCCGGAGCAAGCAUUGCAAACUCAUCCCGCACCUGGGGCGACAUGGUCCGCGAAUACGGCAACUCCCUCAAAGAUAUCACCGGCGCCCCGGGCAGCCGGUCGACAACAAACAAGAAUCCUCUCGGCUUGAGCUCUAGCGGCGUCGGAGGUAUGGCAUCCAUGGCUAGUAGGCCUGGUGUGCCUGGUCUCUCAGGAGGUUCCGGCAAGGGCGGUGGCUCGGCUAGCAAUCCGCUGGGCCUAUAA